AUGAACGCUCUUUACCUCCUGCUCUCCAUGCUCGCGCUUAAACUUGUGGUAACCAUACAUACAAGAACCCAGCCCAACUUCCUAAACAGCACCUACCAACUGAACAAAUGCAAAACAACACUUAACCUACGAAGAAUCUGCAGGAAAAUCAAGCCAAGGAAUAACAAGCUAUUCGUGUCCCUAUUUGAUGAAUACGAUGAGAAGUGCAUAAGGGCACUAAUUAUGGCCAGAGAAGUGGCCAAAAAUCACAACGAAAAAGAAAUCCUACUAAAGCAUCUCCUUAUUGCCAUCAUAAGAAUUGACUCCAAUUUAGUAAAACACAUUUUAAACUUUUUCAAUAUAUCCCUAACGACAUUUUUGGAAAAGCUAAAUAAGGAAAUAAAUAAAAAUGGGGGGGACGUGCCAGGACAAUCAGGGGAAGCAACCGAUCAGCAUCUUCCCGUUAACAAGAGCAAAGAUACUGCAGAAGACGGAAGACCGUACCAAUCGAACGACCAAAACGGAGAGCAAAAACUUAUGAAUAACCUCAUCAACAAACACAUCCAGGACAUAGAGGACAAAAUAAAUCAACUGAAAAAGAUGGAUAAGGGACAGAGUGACAUUUCCACGGAGGUCGACAAUGCUGGAAGCUCCUUAGACGGGUCAGACGAAAGGGAUGAGACAACUAGGAACCUCAUCCGUGACGCUGCGAAGCGCGUUUGGGGAAGUCACGCAGGGGAUGUGGAGGACCCCCCAGAGGGACCACCCCUUCUGGAUCCAACCCCCCCAGGAGAGUUGCCAGACGAAUUAUCCAGCGAUGUAUCCAAGGAGUUGUCAAAAGAGUUAUCCCACCAGUUGUCAGGCGACCUCCCAAAUGACCUUCCCGACGAAAAAGCGGAUAUCAAAUUUUCCGAAAACUGCAAGAGAGUGCUUCACAACGCGGUGCUAGAAGCAAGGAGGAAAAAAAAAAUGUUCGUUAACGUGACUGAUAUACUGAUCGCCCUCAUCAACAUGGCACAAGAGAAUCAAAAUUGCGACUUUUUAAAAUAUCUGAACGAGCUCAACAUAAGCGUCAACGAUUUGAAGAGGGAGCUAACUAGUUACGAUGAGGAGAAUUCCUUUGCGCCCCCAACGGGCAGAACAAGCCGCACCCCCCAUCGGGAUGAUGACCAGAAUUCUAACCAGGCAGACAAACGUGAAGAAAAUGGCUCCCUCAUCGAAACGAUCGAAAAUAGAGACGACAACCAACGAAUGCGUAACGUGAACAACGAACAACAGAAUCACCACUUUAUGAACAACCUAAAUAAUGACUACCUGAACCAAACGAGGGAAUUCAAAAACUACGAGGAAAGUAACUUCCCAUCGAACAACAAAUUUUUUAGCUCCUCCUAUGUGAAAGAUUGUCUAACAGAUAUGGUCCAAGCGGCGUACGAAAGAGGGGAUGAACAUUUCUUUGGAAGAAAAAAAGAAAUAAAAAGAAUAAUAGAAAUAUUAGGAAGGAGAAAAAAAUCCAACCCAUUACUGAUUGGUGAAAGUGGGGUCGGAAAAACAGCCAUCGUGGAACAUUUGUCUUAUCUAAUACUGAAGGAUAAAGUGCCAUACCAUUUGCGCAACUGUCGAAUUUACCAACUCAAUGUUGGGAACAUCGUAGCUGGGACAAAGUACAGAGGAGAGUUCGAAGAAAAGAUGAAACAUUUGCUAAAUAAUAUGAACAAGAAAAAAAAAAACAUUCUUUUUAUCGACGAAAUUCAUGUUAUUGUAGGUGCAGGCAGUGGGGAGGGAUCAUUAGACGCCUCCAAUUUGUUGAAGCCGUUUCUUUCCUCAGAUAAUUUACAAUGCAUUGGCACCACGACAUUUCAGGAAUACACUAAAUAUAUCGAAUCGGAUAAAGCUCUGAGGAGACGAUUUAACUGCGUCCCCGUGAAACCAUUCACAUCCAAGGAGACUCUCCUCCUACUGAAGAAAAUUAAAUACAACUAUGAAAAGUAUCACAACAUUUACUACACUAAUGAUGCACUCAAGUCGAUCGUUACGCUGACGGAGGAUUAUCUUCCCACGGCAAAUUUCCCCGAUAAGGCCAUCGACAUUUUGGACGAGGCCGGUGCCUACCAAAAGAUCAAGUAUGAGAUGCUCAUGCGGCAGAGGUUGCGCGAUGAGCGUGGCCGCAGGGGGAGUGGGGACACGGCAAAUGCAGACCUGCCGAAUGGGGACCCAACCAAUGCACACCCAACCAAUGCAAACCUGGCCAAUGCAGAGCAGGUGAUUAACCGCCAGGGGAACGACACGCAACCCAGUAGUGACCAGAAUACACCUUCGAAGCUGCUCCCUGAUGACGGCCAACCCGCCCUCAUCCACAAGGACAGAAAUGUCGAAGCGCAGGAUUACCUCGAGAACAUGCACAUGAAAUACGUCACCUCAGAUGUGAUCGAAAAUAUUGUCAGCAAAAAAUCCUCCAUAUCGUAUAUUAAAAAAAACAAAAAGGAGGAAGAAAAAAUCAUAAAACUUAAGGAAAAACUGAACAAAAUUAUAAUAGGACAGGAGAAAGUAAUUGAUAUAUUAUCCAGAUAUCUGUUCAAAGCUAUAACGAAUAUAAAGGAUCCGAAUAAACCCAUUGGCACUUUACUACUAUGUGGGUCAUCAGGGGUUGGAAAGACGCUGUGCGCUCAAGUCAUAUCAAAGUAUUUAUUCAAUGAAGACAACCUAAUUGUAAUAAACAUGAGUGAGUAUAUAGACAAACAUUCGGUAAGCAAACUGUUCGGUAGCUACCCAGGCUAUAUAGGUUAUAAGGAAGGAGGAGAACUAACAGAAAGUGUAAAGAAAAAACCAUUCUCUAUAAUCCUUUUCGAUGAAAUUGAAAAGGCACACAGUGAAGUUUUACACGUCCUGUUGCAAAUAUUGGACAAUGGAAUACUAACCGAUUCGAAGGGAAAUAAAGUGUCCUUUAAAAAUACCUUUAUCUUCAUGACAACCAAUGUGGGGUCAGACAUUAUCACAGAUUAUUUCAAGCUCUACAAUAAGAACUACUCAAACCUGGGCUUUAAGUAUUACCUUAGUAAGAAGAAAAACAGGGAAGAGACGGAUGGUUCUUCCGUUCACAAGGGGCAACUCCCUGAAGGAGCUAACAGUGUAACUAACUCACUGGUAGAACAACCAACCGGAUUAAGCAACAACGGACCUGCCGACAUGCAGGUAAACCGUAAUGGUAACCACCAGGUUGGGAACCCCCCCACCCAACAACCAAACAGCUACGAACUCUUUGAGGAAAAACUACGAACCAACGAAUGGUACGAAGAGUUACAACCAGAAAUAGAAGAAGAACUGAAGAAAAAAUUCCUUCCAGAAUUCCUAAACAGGAUAGACGAAAAAAUUAUUUUCCGACAAUUUCUCAAAAGAGAUGUUGUCAAUAUUUUCCAAAAUAUGAUUGAAGAUUUGAAAAAAAGAAUUAAAAAAAGAAAAAAUCUAAAUCUAAUUAUCGAGCAAGAUGUUAUUAAAUAUAUUUGUAGUGACGAAAAUAAUAUUUACGAUAUGAAUUUUGGUGCCAGAUCGAUCAGAAGGGCACUGUAUAAAUACAUCGAAGAUCCCAUUGCUUCUUUUUUAAUAUCCAAUUUGUGCGAACCGAACGAUUCUAUUCAUCUUUCCCUCUCCAGCGGUAACAAAAUUAAUGUGCAGUUGUUGAAGGCGUCCGUAGAUCAGCUUGUGUUGUAA